CCCUGUGCAUGGCCUUGGUACAUAUACUGCUAUACGAGAUUUUGAGCUUUAGCGGGCAGCUGAAGAAGUUAGAUGAAGACAGUUUGACCAAACAACCUGAAGAAGUAUUUGAUGUAUUGGAGAAGCUUGGAGAAGGUUCCUAUGGCAGCGUGUUCAAAGCUAUUCAUAAAGAAACGGGUCAAGUUGUUGCAAUUAAACAAGUUCCUGUGGAAUCUGACCUGCAGGAGAUAAUAAAGGAAAUAUCCAUAAUGCAGCAAUGUGACAGUCCUCACGUGGUCAAAUAUUACGGCAGCUAUUUUAAGAACACAGAUCUGUGGAUAGUCAUGGAAUACUGCGGCGCUGGAUCAGUGUCUGAUAUUAUUCGAUUACGAAAUAAAACUCUCACGGAAGAGGAAAUUGCUACAAUAGUGCAAUCAACGCUCAAAGGACUAGAGUACCUGCAUUUUAUGAGGAAAAUACACAGGGACAUCAAAGCUGGAAACAUACUGCUAAAUACAGAAGGACAUGCUAAACUUGCAGACUUUGGAGUGGCCGGACAACUUACAGAUACCAUGGCAAAACGGAACACAGUUAUAGGAACCCCAUUUUGGAUGGCUCCAGAAGUGAUUCAAGAAAUUGGGUAUAAUUGUGUUGCAGACAUCUGGUCUCUGGGAAUCACUGCGAUAGAAAUGGCUGAAGGCAAACCACCAUAUGCCGAUAUUCAUCCUAUGAGGGCAAUUUUCAUGAUUCCCACCAAUCCGCCUCCAACGUUUCGGAAACCAGAAGUCUGGUCAGACAGUUUCACGGACUUUGUAAAACAGUGUCUUGUUAAGAGCCCCGAGGAACGUGCCACUGCCACGCAGCUUCUGCAGCAUCCAUUUGUUAAAAGUGCCAAAGGGGUAUCAAUUCUGCGAGAUUUGAUUAAUGAAGCAAUGGAUAUCAAGAUAAAACGUCAGGAAGCACAACAGCGUGAACUAGAUCAAGAUGAUGAAGACAAUUCGAACCCCCCUUAUAGAAACUUUCCACUACACAGGAGCAAGCAACAGAAAUCUGAGGAAGAAGAUGAAACUGAUUCAGGUACCAUGGUGAGGGCGAGCGGAGAUGAAACUGGUACCAUCAGAGCCGUCAGUACGCUGAGUGACGGAGCCAAAACUAUGAUAGAACACGAUGGCACCUUGGAAUCCCAGCUGGGUACAAUGGUGAUAAACACGGAAGAGGAAGAGGAGGAGGGCACCAUGAAAAGGAGGGAUGAAACGAUGCAGCCAGCCAAACCAUCAUUCCUUGAAUAUUUUGAGCAGAAGGAGAAGGAGAAUCAAAUCAAUAGCUUUGGGAAGAAUGUAUCUGGCCAGACAAAAAAUUCAUCUGAUUGGAAAGUACCACAGGAUGGAGACUACGAAUUUCUAAAAACCUGGAGCGUGGAUGAACUUCAGAGGAGGCUCUCAGCACUUGAUCCCAUGAUGGAGCAGGAGAUUGAAGAAAUCCGCCAGAAGUAUCAGUCAAAGCGGCAGCCAAUCCUUGAUGCCAUUGAAGCCAAGAAACGGCGGGAGGCGAAAUUCUGA